AUGUUUAAAUCCUCAAAAACUACGGUUGGUGAUUCAACCAACAACAGUGAUAGUACGUUGUAUCACAUCGCCCAUGAAGAUUCUUGCAAAAUUCCCAGUCGUCACCGGCCGGAGCACAUGCCGCUGACAGAGAUCAAGGGUAAAACUCAAAAUUUUACAUCAGCAUGUGCAACUAAAUGCACCGAAGAACUCCCAAUUAGCCCAUUCCGCAAAAGAAAACAAUUUGACAACGACGAUGCAUUCAAAGAGUACAAAAAACUCCGCCAGCUCAAGCAGGCCAGGCUUCGCCGCCGAUUCCGUCAAAAUCAGAACACGAAUCAAUUCCCACGAAUCUUAACAAGUCCAGCCAAGAUACGCAAAGACUUUGGGAGCGAUGAGUUUGCGUAUAAAGAAUACAGACGAAAGCGCCAAAAUACUCAACGGCGGCUUUGGAGACGACAUAGUAAGUCGGCAUCAAAGAGAAGUGAUGCAGAGGAUGUGGCGUUUAAGUCGGCUCAGUUUAAGCAAAGGGCUGAGAUAAAGAAGGUGGCGUUGAUGAGGGUGAAUGAGCAAACUGGAGGGGCGAUGACGAUGAGAAGGAGGAAGGCGAGGGCGGAAUUUGAGAAUCAUGAGCAGUGGAAGGCUUAUCAGAAAGCUAGGAAUGCGGAAACUAGGAGGCUUCGGCAGGCACAGAAAUGGGAGGAGAGGAAGAGGACGAGAGAGGUGAAGAUGGAGAAAGUUAGGUAUUCACAGAGCAAUCAUCUUACCUUCUUUCGGGAGAUGAAGUUAAUGGAUUAUGAAAGCGAGGAACAGCUUGGUCAAAUGGCACGUGAGUUGACGACCAUGUUGUUGGCGCCCCUGCAUUCCGAGUUCUGA